GAAAGUUUGUGUCACAUUUCACUUUUUCAAACGUGUUUUUCGCGCGUGAACGUGACGCGUCUCUGCGCUCUGAUGCACUUUGAAUGACGCACUUUCACCUCCACAAACUUCAGACACGAUCACAGACUGGGUCAGUUUUGACCCUGAACACAAACACAAACACAAACACAAACGUGUUCCGAGUUUUUAUUCAGUGUUAAACGGUUUUUGUCUCGGACUCUGGGGAGAGUCGCGCUCGUGCCUCGGGUCGGAUGGGCGCAGUAUCCGCUCGUGCUUGGGGGUGAACAUUCUGUUCUGAGCCUCGUGCGUCGUGACGCAGUAAAGGCGCCAGUUCGUAGCUCUUGAGUUUUGUCGGUUUAUCUUCCGUGAUGUUCGUGGAAACGCGGCAUUUUGUUUCGUGACUCGCUCCGUUCACUUCACACCAAACUCUGACACGCGCACGCUCCGCGGCUCAUUCAACAGUGCGUAAGAAAAAAUUUCUCCUUCCAGACCUUCUCCAGCUCCAGCAGGUUUUGGAUGAAGCCUCCACAGGGUCAGGAGCUUCAUGUGUGUCGGUGUCUCGUCCUUUGGUCAGUGCUUCCUGCUGGGAUCUGAUGACUGAAGGAGUCGAGUCGUUCAUGUCCUGGACCUUGUUGUUCCACUGAGCUUCUUCUCAGGACUCGUGUCAAUCUGCAGGAGAAUGGACAAGAGACCAGAACCAAACCAGGACUCUAACAGGUCUGAAGCAGGACCAAACCAGGACUCUAACAGGUCUAAAGCAGGUCCUGGUCCCAGCGGAGUCUCUCUGAGCAGUGACAGGUCCAGAGGUUUGGGCAUCAACUUUAAAAAAGACCAAAGUGGAGCCUCUGCACAGCUCAGGAAAAUGGAGAAGAGACCAGAACCAGCGGAACCAGGACCAAACCAGGACUCUAACAGGUCUGAACCAGGACCAAACCAGGACUCUAACAGGUCUGAAGCAGGACCAAACCAAGACUCUAACAGGUCUGAAGCAGGUCCUGGUCCCAGUGGAGUCUCUCUGAGCAGUGACAAGUCCAAAGGCUUGAGUAUCACCUUUAAAAAAGACCAAAGUGGAGCCUCUGCACAGCUCAGAGGUGAGGAUCUGAGCGUUCCCAUUGGUCAAGAGCCUCAGGCGGAGCUGGAGCCCAUCUUCCAGGUUCUGGAGGAGCAGGUCCUGAGGUUUGUCCAACAGCAGCUGCAGAGGCUCCACAGGCUCCUGGCCUCAGAUUACCCAGAAUGCUCCGAGAGUGAGGAGGAGGAGGAGAGCAGAGAGGUUCUGAACAUCACCCUGGACUUCCUGAAGAGGAUGGGCCAGGAACAUCUGGCCCAGCGCCUGCUCAACAGGAGUAAAGUUGGAUUCAGAGAUAAACUGAAGUGUGAUCUGCAGCAGAGGUUCAGCCGUGUGUUGGAGGGCGUGGGCGUGGCUAAAGCAGGAGACUCCGCCCCCCUGACCCAGAUCUACACAGAGCUCUACAUCACAGAGGGCGGAGCCUCAGAGGUCAACCAGGAACAUGAGGUCAGACACGUGGAGACGGCGUCCAGGAGACCGGCCGCUCCAGAGACCAUCACAUGUGAAGAGCUCUUUAAACCCCGCCCACAUUCACCACAGCCAAUCAGAUUAGUGCUGACGAAGGGCGUGGCCGGCGUGGGGAAAACAGUGCUGACUCAGAAGUUCGGUCUGGACUGGGCUGAAGGCCGGGCCCACCAGGACCUCCAGCUGCUGUUCCCCUUCACUUUCAGAGAUCUGAACGUGCUCAGAGACACACAGUUCAGCCUGGUGGAGCUGCUGCACCACUUCUUCAGUCCAUCCAAAGAUCUCUGCAGCUUCCAACAGCUCCAGGUGCUCUUCAUCUUUGACGGUCUGGACGAGUGCAGACUUCCUCUGGACUUCGGCCGAACCCGGGUCCUGAGCGACCCCACAGAGUCCGCCUCAGUGCACGUGCUGCUGGUGAACCUCAUCAGGGGGAGCCUGCUUCCCUCCGCUCUCCUCUGGAUAACCACGCGCCCCGCCGCGGCCAAUCAGAUCCCUGCUGAGUGCGUCUCCAUGGUGACAGAGGUGCGAGGGUUCGCCGACCCGCAGAAGGAGCAGUACUUCAGGAAGAUUCAGAGAGACCAGGCCACGGUCGUCAUCUCCCACAUCAAGAGCGUCCGCAGCCUCCACAUCAUGAGCCACAUCCCGAUCUUCUGCUGGAUCCUCUCCACAGUUCUACGGAAGCUUCUGGAACAAACAGAACCAGAGCUGCCCCGGACUCUCACACAGAUGUACGUCCACUUCCUGGUGGUGCAGGCCAAAGUCCAGAACAUCAAGUAUCAGCAGGGAUCAGGGGAGGACCUUCACUGGACUCCAGAGACCAGGGAGAUGGUGAAGUCUCUGGGAAAAGUGGCCUUUGAGCAGCUGCAGAAAGGAAACCUGAUCUUCUACGAGAGUGACCUGAGCGAGUGUGGGCUGGACGCUGCAGCGGCCUCAGUGUACUCCGGAGUGUUCACACAGGUCUUUAGAGAGGAGCCAGGCCUGUACCAGGACAAGGUCUACUGCUUCAUCCAUCUGAGUGUGCAGGAGUUUCUGGCUGCUCUUCACGUCCAUCAGACCUUCUACAGCUCUGGAGAGAACCUGCUGGAGACACCACACUCCUCUGAGAGCCAAAAGGCAGCCUUCUACCGCUCUGCUGUGGACCAGGCCUUACAGAGUCCAAACGGACACCUGGACCUGUUCCUGCGCUUCCUCCUGGGGCUGUCUCUGCCGACCAAUCAGAGGCUGCUGCAGGGUCUGCUGACUCACACAGGAAGUGACCCGACCAAUCAGGAGACAGUAAAGUUCAUCAAACAGAAGCUGGAUGAAGAGGGUCUGUCUGCAGAGAGAAGUCUGAACCUGCUCCACUGUCUGAACGAGCUCAACGAUGGCAGUUUGGUGCAGGAGAUACAGAAGAACAUGAGAAGAUACCUCUCUGAUGGAACCAUGUCUCCUGCUCAGUGGUCUGCUCUGUCCUUCAUCUUACUGUCCUCAGACUCAGACCUGGAGGAGUUUGACCUGAGGAAAUACCAGGCCUCAGAGAACGCUCUCCUGGGUCUGCUGCCGGUGGUCAGAGCCUCCACCAAAGACUGUAUUUAA